UGAUGCAUGUGAAUAUAAUUCAGUCUUUUUGAUCGAUCGAUCAUAUAAAAUCUUAAUUAUUUGAUCACCAAGAACACCAAAAUUUUGAGAUAUGGAGGAUUAUGUGGUGAAGUUAAUUUUGUAUGGGAUAAUGUUUUGGACAAUGCUCUUCUUGGUAAUAAGAAAGCUUCUUCUAACACAUCGAUCCUUCGAUUUCUCCAAUCGACUUGUCUCGAUUGUGCACGCUUGUCUGGCCGUGUCGUUGUCUUCACUAUCCGUCGAGGAUUGGAGGUGUCCCGUUUGCCCUUUGGCUUCUUCGUCGUCUCCGAGCCAGAUGAGAACUCUGGGAGUAACAGUUGCAUAUCUGAUGUAUGAUUUAGUUUGCUGUCUCUUCGAUCACAACAACCUCAAAUUCGACAACACAAUUCACCAUCUCGUCAGCAUUACAGGCCUUCUCUCUGGUCUUGCCUAUCAAAGGUGUGGAUCAGAAAUGGUGGCAGCCUUGUGGAUUACAGAGAUUUCGAGCCCAUUUCUGCACUUGAGGGAGCUUCUCAAAGAGCUUGGAUACAAAAACACUGAUCUUAAUUUGGCUGCUGAUAUAGUGUUUGCAGUGAUAUUCACAUUUGCAAGAAUGGUUGGUGGCCCAUAUCUCACUUAUGUCACUCUCUCUGCUCCCAAUAACCCUUUUCUCAUUAAGGCAAUGGCAUUAGGGCUACAACUAGUGAGUGCAUUUUGGUUCUACAAGAUUGCAAGGAUGGUCAUCUACAAAUUAUUGGGAAGAAAAAAAAGAAGAAAAGCUUCGGAGAAAUCCACGAUUACCCUCAAAAACCGGUGACCGGAUGAUGGUCGAUGUAUUGAUACGGUGUUCCACGAAUUAAUCGAGACAUAGCUAACUACGGAAGUUCAUAUUUUAUGAACCAUUUACUCUUUUCUUCUUC